GAGGCCUACCGACGGCGUGGAAGUUCUUCCUGCGGUCACCAGCUGCGUCGACGCCCUCGACACUGGCUUCGCCUUUGCGAGCGGCGCCGGGAAGACGUGCACCGAGCUGGUGGGAUACUGCGAGGACGCGGACAUCGGGAGCCAGGUCAAGGUUGCUUGGGGGGUCCGCGGUCGUGUGGGCGAUGCGACCUCACUGGUUUCGGCCUCAGUGGGCGUCCCUUCGUGGGCACUGCAGCAUGCGCCGACCUGCCGGCGUACGCGCCGCCGCACUUCAAGGAGGCGGGCGGAACGGUGCUGGAUUGCUCUGACCUUAAGGACCACUGCAAAAACGGCGAGCACACGGACUACGUGAGCAAGAAGUGUCCAGCCACGUGCGGGAUUUGCAAGGAGUUGGAGUUGAACAAGAAGGUGGACGCGGAAAUGGCUGCGGCCAUGGCUGCCAAGGUCACCACUAUAACUAUAACGACAACGACCACAACCCCCAUGCGGGAAAUAGAGUUCAACCUGAAGGACGCCACAGAACGUGGGACGAAUACGGACGGCAAUGCCACCAACAACGAGACGGCUACCGCCUCCAGCGGCCAGUGGUGCAGCCGGCGCAGGCGCUGGGGCUACUGCUACUCGCGGAGGCGGCGGCUGGACUGAGGGCGCGGAGGCUGGUGCGGUCUCUCCUGCCCCCCGCUUUCCGCUCCCGCGCGUCGGCCUCCGCCCAGAGGAGGAGGAGGAGAA